AUGGCGUUGAAUCUCAAGAUAACGUUGCAAAGCACAAGAUGGGCGGGCCCCGCGCCGCGCCUGUGGUUGGAGCACGGAGCUGAGCAGUGCCAGGCGCCCGGCGGCGCGGCAGCUGCCCUGCAGUUUCCCUACGUGCCUUCCAAGGCCGUAGACAUCCUGGCGUUUGACCCCUCAGUGGCGCAAGACGAGCGAGCCUUCAUAGCCGGGUCGUCCUUCAGCGCGGAGCAGCUGCUGCAGCAGGGCGGAACAGGGACGGUUGUGCUGAUGGACGCCCAGGGCGCCCUGAGGGGCCGAGUGCAGCUGCGCGCGGAGCUUGUGGAAGCUGCCGGGCGGCUGCCGCCGUCGCUGCUGGACCCGGCGGCCAGCCCGUUUGCCGACCCCACGGUCCAGGACUCAAAGGCAAAGCCCAGGGACUUUGCGCAGCGGAUUUCCGAGAAGCUGUCGCGCAGCAUCAAAGGACGCGGCAGCAAAGCGUUAAGCGCGGGCGGCGGGGGCGCGAGCGCGGCGGCCUCCAGCAUGGGCGGCGCCAGCGGGGCGAGCGGAGAGUCGACGAGCUCUGGCGGCGGCGCAGCCGAGGCCGAGCCGUUGAGGCCGGCGGCGGCGCAUCUGCAGGCCGCCUCCUUUUCUCCCCUCACGAGGUCGAGAGGCCACCUCGCUGCCCGCCUGCGCCUGUCCGAGCCCCUCCACCCCGCUGGCGCCGCGGAUGCGGAGCCUUCGCCGACACCCGGCGCCGCGCAAGACCAUGGCGACAGGGCGCGGGCGCACUGCCCGGCAUGGAUUGCGGCCGGCGACGCGGGCGACGUGCGGGAGCGCGUCGGCACGCUGGAGCAGGCAGUGGCGGCGGCGGCAGGGAUCGAGGCGCCGCAGUCGCUCAACGCGGAGUCGACGGGCCCCGCCCACGGCGACCCGCGGUCGCGGCGGCAGCAGCAGCAAGCUGGAGCGGGCGCGGGCGCGGGCACGAGCGCGGGCCGCGGUGCAAGGAGCGGCCCCGCGGCUGAUCCGCCGGCGGCCUCAGGCGACGGCAGCGGCGGCGGCGGCGGCGGCGGCCACGAGCAAGGCACGGAGGUGGGCCUGCUGGAAGAGCUCGCGCGCCAUGGGGCCGAGCGCCGCGCCGCGAACGCGCAGCUGCUGAUGGCGCUCGCGCGGCAGACGGCGGCCGACGCGGAGCAGGACGCGCUGCUGCUGGCCGCCCUCGGCGGCGGCGGCGGCGGCGGCAGCACGAUCAACGCCCGCGGGACGCCGUCAGAAGGCGCUGGCGGAGGGGAGGCGGCCGGCGGCUCUGGCGGCCGCCGGCGGGGGUCGCCGCUGGGUGAGAGGCUGUCGGACAGCCGGUUUGAAUCGUUCGCGCCGUUCCUGGCAGGCUCGGCGAAAGGCGAGCAGGCACUCCUGGAGAUGCCGACGCCGCGCCUGUGCGGGGGCAGCAGCGGCAGCAGCGGCGCCGGCGCCCGCGCUGCGCCGGCGGGCGCGGCCGCCGCGGGGCCAGAGGGGCUGGGCGCAUCCUCUGGCGGAGCGGCGCUGGUGCGCCCGGCGCUGCCCAGGCGCUGGGACUCGUCCGCGCAGGAGGGAAGGGCGGGUGGGGGCGACGGCGGAGGCAGCGACCGCGCGAUUGAAGGGUUUGGGGCCCCUCUGAGCGUGCCAGCUGGCUCCGCCAGCCUCUCAUUCAAGCACGGGUACCCGAAAAUCGAGCUGCCGCCCGCUUCAGAGGGGCUGCGGCCUCGAAAGCAGCAGGCAGAUGCAGGGGCUGGGACGCCGCCGGCGCUGGCGCGCGCGCAUUCGCGCGCCGCGUACGCCGUCCGCUUGCCGCCGUUCAGCCACCCGCUGUCGCUACCGGCGCCGGCAAACGUCCGUGGAGCGGGGCCCCAGGCGGAGGAUGCAGCGGCGCGCUGGCGGCGCGGCCGCGCGUCCGCGGCCGCUGCGACCCAGCUCGCCGCGCGCCUGGACGCUGUCGCGCGAGGCCGGACGCAAGACCGCACGACUGACUCCUCGGACGAGGAGGAGGCUGGGGCUGCACGUGCUGCAGCGGCCUCGGCCGCGGACGCGCGAGUGCGCGACCGCGUGCAGCGACGGCCGUCCGCGGCCGCGGGCACGCGCGCCGCCGCGGCCAAGAAGCUUCCUGGCGGGAAGGCGCGCGUCGACACCUUCCGCCGCCUGUCUUCAGAGGGCGCCCCCUCCCCGGCCCCGGCCGCCGCGGCGCCGGCGGCGACGCCAAGCGCCGCGCCUCCGCAGCGCCCGGCGGUUGCGCUGGGGUUUGAUCCGCCUCGCCAUACCGCACCCGCCUGGCAUGUAUGGGCCGGGCCUGCCGCAAGCUGGGCAGCGGCGUGGACGCCGGCGGGCGCGAGGUGGAUGCAAUGCGAGCAUGGGUUUGGGGAUGCGGCGGCAUGCUCGGCCGGCGAGCCGCAGUUCCCGCCGCGCCGCGCCGCCGACGCCCCGACGGCGCCGCCCUGCACGGCGUUCUGA